UUCAGAUUUGUGUUGCAACUGGUAACUGUUGUUAAGAAUCUGAGCUGGAACUCAGAACUCUGGUUAAGGGCUGCAACUAUAAUUGAAAUAAGCAUGCACAUGGAAUCAUCUGAGGCAAAGUUGAGAUCAUCUAAAGGCUUUAUUAAUUUGGAACAACAUCAAUAUUUCAACAACAUGAUGGAUUUGAAGACAGUGAAGAACUCUGGUGCUGUCCAAAUGCAAGGGAAAAAGAUGGAAUAUAGCAGAUCAUUCACACAAGGGCAUAGCAAAAAGAUGUUAUCAAUGAGUUAUUUCAGUUUAGAGUCAAUGAUUUUGCUACUUUGUCUCACAGCAUCUUUGUUACUCCUGCCAUUGAUCCUUCCACCAUUGCCACCACCACCUUUUAUGCUAUUGCUAGUCCCAAUUUUUAUUCUUGUUGUUCUAUUGAUCUUAGCUUUUAUGCCUUCAAAUGUUAGAGAAAUGUAACUUAUUCAUACUUGUAAUAUUGCUUAGAAGGAAUCAUCAAAUAGAGCUCUUGUUUUAACAUAAUGUAAACACAUUUUUUCAUCUCU